CCAAAGUGGUAGAUUUCUACAUUAUUUUGAUUGUAGUUAAAAGUGUUAUUAAGACGAAAAAAAAAAGUUUUUGUAUCAUUUAAAUAAAAGUUAAAAACAAUGUCAAGAGGAUCUCAAUCAGGAUAUGAUCGUCAUAUAACAAUUUUUUCACCUGAGGGGAAAUUAUAUCAAGUUGAAUACGCGUUUCGUGCUGUGAAAUCACGUAAUAUUACAGCUAUUGCUAUAAAGGGUACAGAAGCUGCAUGUGUUGUUGUUCAAAAAAAAAUACCUUCACGGCAAGCGCAACAGGACACUUUACUAGAUGUUUCUUCUAUUACCAGCUUAUAUAAUAUAACAGAUGACAUUGGCACUGCAAUGAUAGGUCUCGCUGGUAAGUUUCUUUAUCCAUUAAAGCCUGGACAGUUUUUGUUCCUAGGCGACUGUCGUUCGAUCGUUUUUCGAGCGAGGGAUGCAGCUGUUCGCUUUCAAUACAAAAUGGAUCAUAAAAUUCCAGUGAAUUAUUUGUGUCAAAAAAUAGCCAAUUUGCACCAGCUUUACACGCAACAUGCGUACGCACGACUUCACGCGUGUUGUGGUACCAUCAUUGCGAUAGAUGAAGAAACAAAUACGCCCGUUAUUUAUCAAUUUGAUCCAGCUGGUUGGUUUGCAGGCUAUCACGUGAGAAUGAUUGACACAAAAAGAAAAAAUUUUGUUAUGUUACUUAUUUUGAAGGCUUGUGCUGCUGGAAGUAAAGAACAAGAAGCAACAAAUCUGUUAGAAAAACUUCUUCGUAAUAAACAACUUAAAACAGAAAAGGAAGUUGUUGAAGAAGCUAUUGCUACACUUCAAUCAACUCUUUCAAUGGAAUUUAAAGCAUCUGAUAUCGAAGUUGGAGUUGUUUCUGUUAGUGAUACGCGUUUCAGACGUUUAGACGAAGGAACAGUCGAACAGUAUUUGAACAGUAUAGCAGAACGAGAUUAAUUUUUUAUGUGAAUGACAACUGUAACAAAAACGUGUGAACCAUAGUAUUUCUUUAAUGUAAAAGAAUUGAAAUUGUCGGUUAUAAAAAAACAAAAAAAUAUUCAUAUAACAAUACCACAGAAAAAAAUAAUUGAAUGGUUAAUUUUUUAUAAUU